CAUAAAUACAUCGCUGUUUAAGCACGCAGUCUCCGUGGUGUGGUUUAAGUCUGCAGUGCAUUCGCCCCUCUUCGCCGAUGUCUAGAACACAACACCAUGAAGUUGCUUCUUGUUCAGACGCUGCUGGUGACCUUGUCUGCGGCCUCUCAGGACUUCGACCUCACGCUCUUCUGCUGCCCAACCAACGACCGAAUUCUGACGGAACUCCAGAAAGUGCAAGUCAUAGAUGAUAAACUGGCUACCUUAACCUCGACAAUAAGGAGACUCCAAGAAGCAAUGACGAAACAACAUACAGCCAUCAUCCAUCAGGUGGAAAUCACACGCAGGCAGGUUGAGGAACUGACCGCCAAAGUCGACCAGAUGGACACGAGGCGAGAAGACAGUGAUCAGCAAAUGGCAGACUUCAUGGCAGGGACUGAAGACUACCUAGCGACCGUAGCUUCCCGAUUUCAAGAACUUCUGGAAAUUCUGGAGAAACAGUACAAAGCCUCCGGUCGCAGCCGCCAAGAACUCGAGAAAAAGGUCAACAUCUUAGACAUCAUCCAGCGACAGACAGCCAUGGACGUCUACACCCUCAUGACAGACGUGGACGAGUGCCUCCUGGGCAAUGCCACGUGCCACCCGAGCGCCAACUGCAACAACAUCGCCGGCAGCUUCCUGUGCCUGUGCGACGGAGGCCACGUGGGAGGGGGCGACCUGCCCUGCGUCGACAUCGACGAGUGCGCCGAGGGAUCGAACGACUGCCACGGGAACGCCACCUGCACGAACCUGAAGGGCGGCUACAACUGCACCUGUCUCCCGGGCUACGAAGGGGACGGCAGGACGUGUGUAGACGUCGACGAGUGCAAGAACGGAACCCACUCUUGCCAUCACCACGCCCUUUGUACCAACACCGGCGGAGGUUACUUCUGCACCUGCUACCGAGGGUACACCGGCGACGGGUUCAACUGUACUGAUCCACUCUGCGAAGAAGCUUUCUACACUACCAUGGGCGAGUGCUUCCAUUUCCUUGACGGCUACUACAGCUGGGACGAGGCGAGGGCAGCGUGCAAGAAACUGGGAGAGGAAUCUGACCUCCCCGUGACCUUUGACCUCGCUCAGCCCAGGAACCUCACGACCUUCCGGAAUUUCAUGGAGGAGAGAGCCCGGGCGUGGAGGAGCUAGCGUGGCUGGGCGCCGUCUUCCACACCCUCAAGUGGCGCUGGC